UUGUUUGUGACGCACACAAAAAGGAGAUAGAGAAGAAAAAUUGCGAGUUUUAAUUAAAUAGAUUUAUUACGGCAUGGACAUUGCAAAACAAACAAAAUUACAUAGUAACAAUAUCAUCAAUAAUUGCAUGAUAAGCACAUGCGAAUUGAACGAGCUACGAAAAUCGAACAUUUAUUGUGAUGCAAACAUUUUGCUAGACGACGGCGGUUCUAUUCCCAUUCAUCGCAUUAUAUUAUCUAAUGCCACCGAAUUCUUUUACAAAUUAUUCAUGUCACCCUUGAAUGCAGAACAACAGCGCAAUUACCACAUCAGACACAUUCGAACACAUAUAAUGGAAACUGUAAUUGAUUUUGCGUACACGCUAGACUGUGACAUUAACGAAACAAAUUUGUGGGAAUUAUUGACGACAGCUGAUUAUUUUUGUUAUUCGUUGUUAAUUGAUCGAUGUACUGAAUUCAUUAGAAGUAUUUUGAAUUUGGAGAAUGCGAUACAUUUAUUGUUAAUGACGAGAAAGUGGUUGUACAAACACGAAAUCGAGCGUUCAAUUCGUGAAUACAUUUUGCGUAAUUUCAUCGAAAUUUUCCAAUCAAAUGACGUGGUUUUGAAUCUAUCCGUCGAAGACCUUGUGGACAUACUCAAAGACGAUGCACUAAAUACAAAAACUGAGGAACCAAUUUGGGAGCUAUGCCUGCGGUGGAUUGAAUUUGAUGAAAAAAAUCGCCCACAAUAUGUGCCGCAAUUAUUAGCAUGUAUUCGACUUGGACUAAUGAACAAAGCUUACUUUGAGCAGCGGGUGUUGAAUAACAAAUACGUGCGAUUAUGUCCAGAGGCAGAACCAAUUAUACACACGGCAUACAGAUUCGUGUCGGAUAUGGAUCAGGUAGAUUGGCACCGUAUACGUGAUAAUGAUUUAUCAAUGCUUGUGCCCCGACUACCAAACGAUUUACUAUUUGCACUGGGCGGUUGGUUCAAUGGAACUGCUUGCGAUUUAUUUGAAACAUAUGACAUUAGAGCGGAUCGUUGGCUGGAAUUCUAUUAUAAAGACCCAUUAGGACCGCGCGCAUAUCUUAGCACGUCCGUUAUUGGUUAUAACAUCUAUUGCAUUGGGGGCUUUAGCGGCAAUGUAUACCAUAACAGAUGCAGCGUAUUUAAUCUGGAGACAAAAGAUUGGACAGAAAUUGCGCCAAUGCACUAUCGAAGGUGUUAUGUCAGUGUGUGUACUUUAAAUGGAAAAGUUUAUGCAAUGGGUGGUCAUGAUGGGCAUAAUCGUCUUACCACAACUGAGGUUUAUUGUCCGGAAACGAAUCAGUGGACACUGUUGUCGAACAUGGAAAAGCGUAGAUCAGACGCUGAUGCAUGUGAACUUGAUGGCAAAAUUUAUAUUAUUGGUGGUUUCGAUGGCAUCGGAUGCCUAAACUGUUGCGAAGUAUACAAUCCUGAAACAAAUGAGUGGUCAAAUCUUCCCGAGAUGACAAGCGCGCGAUCGGGCCUAAAAUGCGUAGCAUACAAAGGAAAGAUCUUUGCAAUUGGCGGAUAUAACGGUAUAACUCGCAUGAGUUCAUGCGAAGCAUAUGAUCCGAACAUAUUUUAUUGGUCGCCCAUAUCCGAUAUGCUUUGUCCGCGUAGUAAUUUCGGCAUCGAAGUGAUUGAUGAUGCAAUUUAUGUAGUCGGAGGUUUUGACGGCCUUACAACCAUUAACAAAGUUGAAUAUUACAGAGACGAAAAUAAAAUAUGGGUAUCGGCGGUAGGAUUGAAUCACAAUCGAUCAGCUCAUGCACUCGCAAAAGUCACUAAUUGUUCCAAUAUCGAAGAUUUUGUUUUUGAUUCACGAGCAGUUUCAAGCUUACCGCAACAAGAUUCUUAGCAGAGAAAAAAACCUACCACAAAUGUGCAUUCAACGGAAUUUAAGAUUUCAUUUGAAAAUAUUUUUGUUUUAUUACAAAUGUUUGACUAAAGACAAAAUAAUGUAAAUGUUCGUGUAUUUUUGGAAAUCAA